UGCGCCAGCGCCAGUGUUCGUUUGACCGCGGCGGCAUCAUGCUGCGUCUCUCACUCCUGUGCCUCUUAAUAUCGAGUCAGAUAACCGCACAUGUCACAGAGUCGCCGACGUUCGCCGAACGACUCGAUAAGUUGUACGAGAAAUUAGAAAAAUUCACUGUCGCGCCGAGAUACAACAGUAAAUUGUACGCUAAGUUGGAUAGAUUAAACUCGUUGACACCGGACCGGGAGUUGAGUGAUGAUGAUGAGGAGCUUCUGUCCGCGAUGCAGAUGUGGGGGAGCAUGAGUGAUGAGCAGCUGAGAGGAGUGGUCCAGGAGCUGCAGAGGAUUAAUGAUGAGAGAACAGACAAAUACACCGACGAUUACUACCCUGAUUGGAACGACGAUGAUCUAGAUCAAGAGGGUGAUGGUGAUUACGCGAACGACGUUGGUGAGGAGUGGGAUCCCUUGGAGGACGACACCAGCUCCACGACCAGACCCUUGCUGGGAGUAACUCCAUCAGCCAUCACUAGGCUAGAUAGCUACAGACACACUAUCGUCUCCGCAGUGGACCCAGUAGCCGCUACCAAUGAGAGGCCGAGGAUAUUGGACGACUCGCACGCCACAGCCGAAGAACGUGUGGCAACUAGAAAAGCUGUUAUCGCCAAUAUCGGGAACGUUGUACGAGCUGGUAAAUGUCUCACGCCACAACCACGUUGGCUCUCAGUCAGGAAAUUGGCCCCGGCCGCUGAUACCGUGUACAUGCCUCCCUGCGUGCAAUUACAUCGCUGUGCACCCGACUCCGGUUGCUGUUAUGACGAAUCUGAAGUCUGCGCUCCUGUAGACGGCAAAUAUGUAGCGCUGCCAUUCUUUUUAAAUAAACCAGACAAGAAUCUGACAGCGGCCCGGAUACUGUUCUUUAACCACACGAGAUGCGCUUGCGUUUCGCGUGACACUUUACAGAGCACUGCUCGCACCAGAAUAGAACAUAAAGAAGAGAGGAAAGAGACUCGAGACAGGGAAAGACAAAACGACUGGCAAGCUCCUACUGAAGAACCUGUAGCGGAGAAGGACGAAGCAAUAACAUCACCGCCUCUGCUGCGCAGAUGUACAUGCCCAACGCUCUUUAGGAAGCGGAUCAAGGACGACGUGUGCAGCUGUGUGUGCGACUGGCCCGACGUUAACAAAAAACGCGACUGUCUCUCGCUCGCUAAAGGGAGGGAACACUUCGGACUAAGAGACAGAUUCUGUGUGAAACAGGGCGACUGCACCACACCGAACUGCGAAUACGGAGCGUAUGAUAGAAGCGCGGGGAGAUGUCCGUACAGAAGAUUUAAGAGAAGAUUCCAUUCAAGGAGAUACCAAUCAGAUAAACCGGCCGUUUGAUGAGAGUUUACGAUUUAUUAGCUAUGAGCGCUAGUUCCUCUCACCAGCAGCUGUUUGGUAAAAUAUUAUAUUAAAGCAAAUUCUUGACGAAAUUAACUACGAGAGGAUAAAACGUAUCGUCUUAAUAUUUGGGAAUGCGAUCACUUAAGUUGUAGACUGAAUAGAAGAGCUUCUACUGUUUAUAUAUAACAAUGCCAUAACGAAACUAAUAAAAAAAUGUGGAAGCUCAGAGUCAACGAGUAACAACCUAGUUUAUAAGUAUGCGAGGUAUUAUUGUGGUAAUAUUUAAUUAUUUACAAUAUAAGCAAGUUAUUUUACUUUUAACCUUAGAUUUUAUAGCCUUUAGUUUAACGGAUUAAAACACUUGUCUUUGUGGUAAACUCAUUAACGAAGCGGAUCCAAGUUUGAAACGAGAUAUUCGAAAAUGUGAAAUAUUUUGUGAUCAUCAACGAUUUAAGACUCCGCCUCGCUUGUACACACUUUUUAUUCAAUGUAUUACAAGUUAGCUGCUAUAUUAGGUGGCAUUUUUUAUUCAAAAAUUUAUUCAUUAAUGUUAAUUGUGGAAAAUAAUUCCACAUUUUGCCGACCGUUCACUCAAACUGUACGUUUGUAUUUUAUUUCAUUUUAAAAAUAUACGCCUGCUUAUAGUCAGUCUAAGAUGUAAAUAAAUGUUAAAACGUC